GCUUCUCAGCAGAAGACAUAGAAGCGGAUGGAUCUCCUAAAAAGAGGCUCAUAGUACAACUGGUUCCAUCCAGCGAUAAAGUAGAGGGAGAGCGAGACGAGUAAAAAACGAUCGCGUCGAACUUCUCAGAAAUAAGAUAAAUCCUUACUGGCACGAAGUAAGUAAAUGUAACCCCAUCACGCCCAAGAUGCUGUGUGUCUAUUUUCGCAUGCCUUUUCUUAUCCGUCUGCUGCUCGGCGUGCUGUGGGGUCGUCGCCACCUCGUUUCUGCCGGCGCCGCUUCUUCCAAGUCAUCUUCCCGGGGGACGAAUAUGCUAAACAACUGGGCGGUAAUACUGGACUCGAGCCGGUACUUCUACAAUUACCGGCACGCGAGCAACGCCUUGUCCUUCUAUCACACGGUGAAGCGUUUGGGCAUUCCCGAUAGCCAGAUCAUUCUCAUGCUGGCAGAGGACUACGCGUGUAAUCCGCGGAAUCCCUUCCCCGGGCAAAUCUUCAACGACCAGAGCAAGUCGCUCAAUUUGUACUCCGACGAGGGUGACGCUAAUUCAUCGUCGGGGCCAUUUCAAAAUCGCGGCCAGAGCAGGCGGACGUCGGACACAAAAGUAGACCAACUUUCGCAGCUUCAGCAGGACAGCUCCUCCAGUGUCGAGGUGGACUACCGGGGCGACGAGGUGACAGUUGGCAACUUCCUGCGACUGCUGACCGGCAAGCACCCCAAGUGGACGCCGCGGAACAAGCGGUUGCUGACCAACCAGCAGAGCAACCUGCUCAUUUACGCGACGGGGCACAGCGGCGCGGGGUUUUUGAAAUUUCAGGAUUGGGAAGAACUGCAGUCGCAGGAUUUAGCGGACGCGCUGCAUGUGAUGCACCAGCAAAAGCGGUAUGGCAAGGUGUUCUGGAUUUCGGACACCUGCCAGGCGGCCUCGAUCCAGAACGACAUUUACUCGCCCAACGUGCUGGCGCUCGGGAGCAGUAGGGUGGGCGAAAACAGCUACUCGCACCACAUCGACUACGACAUCGGGGCCGCCGUUAUCGACCGGUUUACGCACGAUUCCCUGGAAUUCUUCAACCGGGCCCUCGUGCCGCAGAAUCCGCAGAUGCACCGCGUUACGAUCCGGGAUUACUUGCAGGCUCUCGUGCCGGCGCGACUGUUCUCCAACCCGGAAUUGCGCACGGACCUGAUGACGAGGAGUCCGGGCGUUGCUGCCGCGGACCCGGCGGGCACCGCGCUAGUGGAGUUUUUCGGAAACUCCCCGGGUGGCACGACCGUGGAAACUGUCCCGGCGGGUCGGUGGAGAUUGCCAAGAACGCCGGCGGGUGUACGAGCGAUGCUGUGGGGGAGUACAAGCAAGGGAGGAACUCGGAAGAACAGCAAAGGCACUGUCAAGGACUACAAUGCUGCGCCCGGAAUCGCGGCCGUGCUUCGAGAGUUGGAAGAUGCAGAAAAGACUGCUGCGGGGGCCAAAGACGACACUCUUCCAUCUUCAAAUGCCGCUCAAGCAGGCGCUAGGACUACCGGAGUAGAUCAAAAGCCAGCAUUGGUAGAAGAUGCUGACGCGAGCAAUAUGGAAAAAAUUAUCGAGGAAAAGAACACGAAUGCGCGCACAAAGGCUACUGCGGUUGCGGUUAGCGUUUUGGUCCUGUUGCUCACGUUGGAAAGUAAUUUGUUUUGGAAUCAAAAGCAGUGGAUCAUGGGAUCGACUCGUGAUGCAAAUUUAUUUCGGGUAGCAUGUUGUUAU